UACGCAAACAGUAAAUUAUCAACGUUUCCAACCUCGUUCAACUCAUCCAGCGAUCCGCGCAAGCUGUGUGGUCAGAGGACCGCGGCGCGUUGCAAUCCCAGCGCGUUUUCAAACCCUACACUCGCCAAGCUCGUGAUCUCUGUGAUCUCCUCGGACCACCAGCCAACGCGGCCAUCGGAUCAAAAUCAAACGUGACAAGGAGCCCCACUUGUCGGGCGCCGCGACGCCACCAUGUCGACGAAUGCUUCCCCCGGCGACGGCGACGACCUCUGCGUGGUGUGCUUUAAGAAUGUGGACCUUUACUCGAUCGGCGCGUGCGACCACCCCGUCUGCUAUGAGUGUUCAACACGGAUGCGAGUUGUGUGCGAUCGUAAAGAAUGCCCUAUAUGUCGAAGCGAUAUGCCCGAGGUGGUUUUUACCAGAGAGGUGAAACCUUUCAAGGACCUAGUCCUAAGGCCUGGCAUCAGUGAUCAGACAUAUGGUAUCCAGUUUAUGUCAAAGGCAAUUCAGGAUGACUACCGCAAGCUGCUUGAGUUUGUAUGCUCUGUGUGUGCACAAGAAUUCAAAAAUUUCAAUCAACUCAGGGACCAUAUGCGCAAGGAGCAUGAGCUGCAUUAUUGUGAUCUAUGUGUGAAGCACUUAAUGAUAUUUGCUUUCGAACGGCGAUGUUACACUCGUGCAGAACUUGCUACUCAUAGACGAAAGGGUGAUCCCGACAAUACAUCACACAGGGGACAUCCCAUAUGCGAGUUUUGCGAUGAACGCUACAUGGACAACGAUCACUUGUUUCGCCAUUUACGCCGCGAACAUUUAUAUUGUCAUUUCUGCGACGCUGACGGCAAGCAUUACUUCUUCCGCAGUUACAGCGAACUGCGAGAUCAUUUUCUCGAGGAUCAUUUUCUAUGUGAGCAAGGGGACUGUCAGAACGAGAUGUUGACUUCAGUGUUCCGCACUGACAUCGACCUGAAAGCGCAUAUUGCGACUGUGCAUUCGAAACAAAUGGGACGUGCCGCAUCGAAGCAAGCGCGCACUCUUGAGUUGGAGUUUAACUUCAAAUCGCGUAGAAAUCAACAACACCAAAAUGAAAACCCGGAGGUGGUUCCAGCAGUCAGGAAUUUCCAACGCUCUCCGAUACCACCGCCAGAGGAGCAACUGCCACAAUCGAGGCGGUUUGUGCCGUCGAGACAUCGACCGCUCACUGAGGAAGAUUUUCCAUCGCUUGGAGGCAACGGUGGUGAAGCAUCCGGCACAGGAGCACGCACUAGUGUGACGUUUACUUCGAAGAUGUCGCGCCCUAAGUUCAAUACUGAAGAAUUUCCAUCUUUAAGCGGCGGCGGCGGUGGCGGCGGAACUGCUGCUACCUCCACAGGUGCAGUGCCACGUAAUUCGCGAAAUAUUACUAUCACGAAGACAACGAAGGAAUCUAGGCGUCCAGCUAGUACCGCGGCGACGUACAGCUACGGCAAGGGUUUUGCAUUGAACAAGCAGAACUUUCCAACAUUGCAAGCGGAGAGUUCAUCGGGCAACAGUACUGUGAAGUUAACAGUACAACCAGCGCGUCCGGUUCAACCGUCGAAUGUGUCGAUUCAUGUGAACCACGAUGGGCAAAGCGUCAGCUCAUCGACGUCUAUUCAGGUGCGCCCGAAGAGUAUGGCGGAAGCUUUCCCAGCGUUGGGCGGCAGCUCAGCCCAACAUAUGCCUGAAACCAAGCAGUGGGUUGCCCCAAAGCCGAAGAAACAGCAAGAACCCAAAACUAAUAAAGUUGCCAAAGCGCCCGUAUUACCUUCAUCUUCUCUUACCGAUUUUCCUUCGCUUGGGCGAAAGAUGGAGAAGAAAUCGUCCAGUGUCACUGUACCUAUUCGAGAAGUCGUCGAUUCGAACAACAAACCUCAGCCGAAACACGAAAGCAAUAACAAUCAUGAUAACCAUAAUAAUCAUGACUCCAACACUGUCAAUUCAACAUUAAACGCUAAGAAAGAAAAAAAUACAAAUAAGAAAAAGGAAGACAUUGCGAACAAUUCAGGUAGCACCAAAGCGAAAUCUAAGGACAAGAAGCCCGAUCCCGACCCGACGACUUCUAACAACAGUAAGAACAAAAAGAAGACGAAAACAGAGACGAUAGAGAAAGUGCCCGAAGAUAACCAGUCUGGAAACACCCUCGUGAAGAGAACCUCCACACUGAAUAUCGGAACACUUGGCCAACCAUCGGGCAAACCGUUGUCUGGACCGCCCGGAUUUACGAGCAAACCACCCCCAGGUUUUGGCUUCACCAGUAACGACCUCACCUUUACCAGCAGCAGCGGGCAGUCGUACAGUAUUUUGCCCACCGAGACGGGAAAGCACAACCCACGGCACUCGUAUUAUCAGCCAUUGAACUUUCAGAACCGCAACAUCGCUCUAAUCAAACGGUGUAUCAGUGUUUUAAAGACUCAGGAAAGCCUCAAUGAGUUUAAAUCCUACUCGGCCUUGUUCCGGAGUGGAUCUUACGCGGCGGAGAAAUACUAUGAGCAUUGUCGGACAGUGCUCGCUUCGGAGUUCGACAAACUCUUUCCGGAGUUGUUGGUUCUGCUUCCCGAUAUUGACAAGCAGCAAGAACUGUACCGGGUCCACAAGGCCCUUGGCAGCACGAAGAACCUGGAAAUAUGUGCCACGUGCAAGCAGAUUAUCUUCUCUAACGAGCUGAAGCAUCAUAUGAAUUCACAUUAUAUGGAGAAUCACUUUCCGGGCCUGCCACACGACGCCGCUGGCCCGGACGCGUGGCGCAAAUGAUAGUCGCCUCUGCGUGCUGUGAUAUGGCAAUAAUUUUUUACAUGAACAUGUCUCUUCGCCCUGGAAGUAAAAAAAAAAAGAGAACGUAGGGGGUAACUCGCACAACACAAUACUAUUGUAAAAAUGAAAAAAAAAACUGAUUCUUAUAAUUUCAAAAAGAAUUCUUUGUCACGAUGAUUGGCUUCUGCUUCUUGUUUUAAAGGUGGUGCUGUUUUUGAUUAUUGGGCUCGGUUGGUGUUUAGCUUUUAUUUGCGUACAAACAUAUUUCUUAAGCGUUGUGAGGUUGCGACGAGUGCGCUACCAGUAUUUUCCUGCCCACGAUAGGUUAAGUACACACACAUACCUCGCCUACCGAAGUUACCAGAGCCCCGCCGCGCGGUUUGCGAUUGAUUCCAAUCUUUUUUCGUUGUAAUUUUAUUAUUUAACGAGUCUGUCCUCGUUUUAUCAUGUGCGAUGCUGCACUUAGGAAAUGCUAGGAAUAGUUAUUUAUUUUUGUUUGCUGAAAGCGGCCAGUAUGGCCGGCGUGUAAUUUUUUAUCGAACAUGUUCAUAACUUAAAAUUCUAAACUUUUCUAAUUGUUAUGCAAUUGUUAUGGAGCAGAGUGAAAUUAGAAAAUGUAUUUUCUAUAUUACUAUUUUUACCACGACCUCUCACACCAACAAAAGACGGAAACUUUUAGUUCAGGCUGAUAACAGCCUCAUUGGCUUGCUGUUAACGGUGUAAAAAUAUUUUCGAAAUUGCUAGUAACGCUAAUAACUUGGGUUGUUCGUUAUCCUGCGAAAGUGGCAGGAUAUGAAUUCUUUUUCAUAUUUAAUAACGAUUUGAUCUUGUUAAAUGCAAGUGAUUACUCUUUUUGUUUGGAAAGUCCGUGUUUGGCGACUGUAGUUGUGGAUUUAAAUCCUAAUUUUGUUUUGAUAUGACCAAUAACUUGACAUUUUUUAAAAUAAACUUAAUAUAUUUGUUUAAA